GGAUCUCAUUUUCAUCAAUUAAACCCCCGUUGUUCUUUGGGUGUGUAGAUGAGGUGUAUGUUCAUACCUCAGGACCUCGAGACACUGGGUUGGCUGUACCACAUGAGGUUAAUUUAUAGCUUCAUGCUCCGUGUUUUUACUUACUCCUAGAUCCUCAGCGCACUUGUAAAAUCCUACAUAUAGGCCUCAGUGUGCAAGUACUUACACAAAUGGCAAUAUGUUGGUAAGCACAAGGCCUCCAAAGCCACUUUGUGACAAGGAGGCUACCCAAGUAUGACUAUGAUAAGCGCGCCACCAGGGGUCAACUUUCAGGCUCCAUUGCGUGCCCUCUAAACAGCUCAGUGCACACCCGACACUCCUCUCUCUGUGCACGGUGCCCUUCCUUUGUGGUACACUUUGCGGAUACGAUGCUCUUUGCCAACAUAAGCAUAGUAUGUCAUCAGUCAUGGCCUUGCACCGGUACAUCGAUACAUGCAUAACAUAUGUACACUGACGCUUUAUGACUCAAUCCAUUUCAUUGUAUUUUAAUGACUCGACAGACUGAUCGUUCGAGUCCUGUGAUUUCGCUUCCGUCACACGGUUUUAGUUUAAUCAGUGGAGCUAGUAUAAGACAGAGUCGUUCCAUUCUGCUCAGUAGAUGACUACGUUAUCCAUUGAGCAAUCCUUCAUAAUUUCACAGUCCUGACCUGCAGUUAUAACUGACAUAACGGGUCAGAUUAAGGCUCAAGUCCUUUUGAUUCUAGAACUAUUUGGGAUCGGGUUUUGUACGUGCUACUGAAGAUCAUACAAGUCGACCUCGGUCAUCAUUUUCCCCUCUGGAACAAACAAUAGGCGUACGCAAAAAAUUGCACAAGUCUAAUAGAGGCGUUGGUCUCAAUGGCGUCCGUCCAAGAAAGCACACUGGAAAAACCAGCCGUUCGUAUUCGACGAUAUCGGCUGGUGACCGUCGAGCCGGUAGUGUUCUUGAUGCUCGCUAUUCAGGGCGGCUUUGUGGCCUUGCGGACCCUCUAUAUCGAGCACCGGCUGGCUGUGAGCUACAACUACACACUGCCGACCGGCGAUGUCAACGGCACGUGCGGUGCCGCCAACGCCACCAAGGACCCAACGCAGGAGCAGAUCGAGUCUAAGACCGCCCUCUGGGUGGCUUACAUGAAGGGCGUGUCAGUGGCCCUGCCGCUCUUUGGUGCCCUCCUCUUUGGGGCGGCCAGCGACUUUAUCGGUCGCAAGCCCAUCCUGACUGUCUCGGCCAGCGGCCAUCUCUUGGCAGCCGCUCUCUUCCUUUGUGUGGCUUACUUCAACCUGCCGCUGUUCUGCCUCGUUGUCGGCGAAAUCAUUCUUGGCAUCUGUGGCGAUUCAGUCGUCCCAGAGAGUGCCGCGUAUGCUUACGUCACAGAUGUUUACCAAGGCAACGAGAGAAGCUUUCGGAUCUUCCUAGUGGACGUACUGAUUUACCUUGGGUUCGGGGCCAGUCAAAUCGUAGUUACCACGAUCUUGCAACUGACAGCUUCCAAUUUUUCGAUUGCCUAUUUGACUAUAUUUGUCACCGCCAUUGUCAAUUUUCUGUAUGUCACCAUCCCACGAGUUGUGGUCGAAUCUGUGGAUAAGCGCCCGUUUUCUCGCGGUGUUUUUCGAGAUCUUUUUGCUCAGAUUUACUGGUUGUUCAAGAACAAUACCAACGGUAGACGGCCAAGGAUUAUUCUUUUGUUGGCAAACAUGAUUCUCUAUGAGCUUGUUUAUGAGGCAGUCUACAGUGUUAUCACCAUAUAUGGCCUGGGGCCGCCAUUUUGUUGGAGUGAAACCUUCGUUGGAGUUUACAACGUAAUAGUCAACAUUGCACCCGCCGUGGCGUCUAUUUUGGCACUGAAGCUGCUAGGUCUGUGUAUGUCGGAGUACUGGAUGGUGUACCUGGGGUUCCUGUCAGGGAUAGCAUUGAUGAUCACUACGUCACUGGCAAAAACCACUGCCCUUAUUGCUUACGUUGCUCCAUCCGUUGGCCUUCUCCGUGUUCUCCCGACGCCUAUUCUCAAGUUCUUGGCAACGCAGCUGGUCAAGGUCGACGAACAAGGAUCUCUGUUUGGCGCGGUUGCCGUCCUUUCUUCAGUGGGGAGAGCCCUGUCCCCUGUUGUGAUGAAUGGAAUCUACUCGUAUACUGUGAAAAUCGGACAUCCCACUGUUACCUUCUACGUAGCUGGGGGAAUUUUGGUUAUACCAUUAUUCAUAAAUGGUUACCUGCACGCACGACAGCGCUGGCCGUCAUCGAGUUACCAGCAAGUAACGACCAUCAGUGACGAAAAUGGGCACGACAGGGUGACGGUCCCCUGACGUGAUGUUCUACCUACGCUAGAAUUAAAAGCUCUUGCGGGAUAAUUCUAAUUUAGUUGUCAGCGGACGUCAGUGCGGCGCUAUAUAAUUAUGGACUACACUUCGUAUUUUUCUACGACACGAUGUGUAAUCGUGGCGCAGGCCGAAUGAACAUUACCUAUUAGAAUAAUUAAUAAAAGAUUGGGUACACAUGACCAAAAUAUAGAGGGCGCUCUUAACCACUUUAAUUCAGAGCCGUUUCGACACAGUUUGCACACAACAGCAGCAUGCUUUACUGCAAACAGAAUGAACAACUGCCAUUCUGGUUCCAAGGUUCGUCUGUAUAUUGUUGCAUCCUUGCAUAACGUGAACUUGUGGGUAAACGUGUGUAAUCAAGGUAAAGUUGACAUGAAAACCGAAUGUUAUAAUUAAAGGUCUCUCAACUACUUGAAAUACCUCUUAAGAAAGGGUAAAAAUGGAACCAACGUGCAAGCAACCAUGCUUCACUAGGCGCUAGCAAGGAGCGAUGGGAAGAUUUGUGCCCUCAAAAUGUGGGAAAAUGAUGCACAAAUUCACCGUGGGAAAUCUAUGAUUGUCUCUGGGUGAGUGUAAGGGGUGUUCUCAGGUUACCUGUUAAGAGAGGGCGCCAUUAAGAAAUACUGUGAGAGCAACGUACACAUAACAGAAACAAACUGGCAGAGUAUGCGACAGUGCACUAGAUACAAAUCCUAAAUAGUAGCCACACGGUCUACUGUACAUGUAAUGAACAGCAAUUUUGUUUCCGAAUUCUGAGGCUGCCGCUAUUCUCUCUAUAUAACAGCUCUGCCUGGUACACGGCUAUGAGCUGCACUAAUGCAGGGCUAACUUCCGACUUCAAAAACAAAAUGGCCGUUUAUUACGUGCACAUAAAAUUAAUACAGGGGGCAGCUAUAUCCAUGUGCGCUGACGCAUACUCGAUCCGUUCAGCUGGUUUCAACAACAGACUGUAUUCGUGUGUGGAAUAAUGCAUGGAGGUACGGUGGCAAACCGCCAGGUCUCUUGUGGGGGUGUGUUAAUUAUGCUUCUAAAAAUGUUUUUACGCAGUUAUCCUAUCGUUGACCUAGCUCAAUCGAACCGUGGACCUUCUUGUCCCUGAUGUCCCAAGCUUACAACUUGAACAUAAACAUUGUACUCAUUAAAAGCAUGUACAAAACAAGGACAACAGAAGAUUCACGAUUGUCGUGUGGGUUUGGUCAUGCGACGGAAGAUAAAUUCUUUUGUGGCAUAUACGGAAUAUGGAACACGUGAUUUAAUCUACCUGAUGUUUUAUUCUCGACACUUGACUCAAAAUCAUUACUAUUUGCAUAUCAGCAGGAUGCGUGCCACUUUUCAAAACCAGCUGUGAUUUUUAAAAGCACCAACAUGUUUACAAUAGCCUGGUUUGUCUGUCAGCUGACCAAACAGUAUGGAAUUUCCCGAUAAACUCCACAUACAAUGGAUUUUGACUUCAAACCUGAAAAUUUAAAGAACAUUAAAGAGGCUAUGCUGUUCAAUUUUACUACAUACAAUCCUUAAUGAUGAACCUUGGUGUUCCAAUUAAACUUCGGCUCCACCUACGUAUUUCUUGAGCCAAACCAAACACAUAAA